GUCGCUCAGUCACUAUGAUGGUCCCUCCCUAUACGUCAUGCGCUUGCGCGCUUAAUUCAGGCCUCUAACCUAGGUAGCCGAAAGGGUGGAAGAAACAGAACGAGAAAGACGAGGAAAAGGGUGACCGCGCAUGCGCCUCUUUCUGUUUCCUAUACACCCGACCUUGCAAGCAAGACAACGGCGGGUUGGAGUGCAGAGCGGGAUCUGAAUGAUGCCGGGUACGAGGUGAAGUUAGCACAGCCGUCGUGCGAGCGGCAGGAUACCUCUCCCCAUUCCUCAGGAGUAAUGGACAGGUAACAGGAUACUAUUCUGCUGUGGUGCCAGAGAGUAAGAAUGACAGAGUGCUUCCUGCCCCCCACCAGCAGUCCCAGCGAACACCGCAGGGUAGAGCAUGGUGGAAGUCUGGCCAGGACCCCAAGCUCUGAAGAAAUCAGCCCAACCAAAUUCCCUGGUUUAUAUCGCACGAAUGAGCCUUCCCCACCUCAUGACAGCCUCCACGAGCCUCCUGAUAUUGUGUCUGAUGAUGAGAAAGAACAUGGGAAGAAGAAAGGGAAAUUUAAGAAAAAGGAGAAAAGAACGGAAGGUUAUGCAGCUUUUCAGGAAGAUAGCUCAGGAGAUGAAGCUGAAAGUCCUUCUAAGCUAAAACGCUCUAAAGGGAUUCAUGUUUUUAAGAAGCCAAGUUUCUCCAAAAAGAAGGAAAAAGACUUUAAGAUAAAAGAAAAACCCAAAGAUGAAAAGCAUAAAGAUGACAAGCACAAGGAAGAGAAGCAUAAAGAGAAGAAAUCAAAAGACUUGACAGCAGCAGAUGUUGUCAAACAAUGGAAAGAGAAGAAGAAAAAGAAAAAACCAGUUCAAGAGGUAGAAAUGCCACCAGUGGAUGUUCCUAGGCACCGGCCUGUGUUUGGAGUCCCUUUGAGUGAUGCAGCAGAAAGGACCAUGUUGUAUGAUGGCAUCCGUCUACCAGCAGUGUUCCGGGAAUGUAUAGAUUAUGUAGAAAAGUAUGGCAUGAAAUGUGAAGGCAUCUACAGAGUGUCAGGAAUUAAAUCAAAGGUGGAUGAGUUAAAAGCAGCAUAUGACCAAGAAGAAUCCCCUAACCUAGAGGACUAUGAGCCCAACACAGUAGCUAGCUUGUUGAAACAAUACCUGCGUGAACUUCCUGAAAACCUGCUUACCAAAGAGCUGAUGCCUCGUUUUGAAGAUGCUUGUGGGAAGAGCCUGGAGUCUGAGAAACGGCAGGAAUGCCAGCGCCUCCUGAAAGAGCUACCAGAAUGUAACUUUCUCUUGAUUUCCUGGCUGAUUGUGCAUAUGGACCAUGUCAUUGCAAAGGAGCUAGAAACAAAAAUGAAUAUCCAAAAUAUUUCUAUAGUGCUCAGUCCAACUGUCCAGAUCAGCAACCGUGUCCUUUACGUGUUUUUCACUCACGUACAAGAAUUCUUUGGAAAUGUGGUCCUCAAGCCAGUAACAAAGCCUCUUCGUUGGUCUAACGUGGCAACCAUGCCAGUAUUGCCAGAAACACAGGAAAGCAUUAAAGAAGAGAUCCGAAGACAGGAGUUUCUUUUGAAUUGUUUGCACCGAGAUCUUCAGGUAGGGAUUAAAGAUUUAUCCAAAGAAGAAAGAUUAUGGGAAGUGCAGAGGAUUUUGACAGCUCUGAAAAGGAAGCUAAGAGAAGCUAAAAGACAAGAAUGUGAAACAAAGAUUGCGCGAGAAAUUGCUAGUCUUUCAAAGGAGGAUGUUUCCAAAGAAGAAAUGAAUGAAAAUGAAGAAGUUAUAAAUAUUUUGCUGGCUCAGGAGAAUGAGAUUUUGACAGAACAGGAAGAACUGCUAACAAUGGAACAGUUUUUACGUCGACAAAUUGCAUCUGAAAAAGAAGAAAUAGAUCGUCUCCGAGCAGAAAUAGCAGAAAUUCAAAGUCGCCAGCAUGGUCGCAGUGAAACCGAAGAAUAUUCUUCUGAGAGUGAGAGUGAGAGUGAAGAUGAAGAAGAGUUACAGAUAAUCUUAGAAGAUUUGCAACGGCAGAAUGAAGAACUAGAGGUUAAGAAUAACCAUCUGAACCAAGCAAUUCACGAGGAGCGCGAGGCCAUCAUUGAACUGCGAGUACAGCUUCGCCUCUUGCAGAUGCAGCGAGCCAAAACGGAGCAGCAGGUGCAGGAAGAGGAAGAGCUUGAGAAACGAGGGGGCCCGAUGCAGCAGCAGCCGCCCCUGCCAAGAGACAGUGUCCCAGAGACAAAAGCUAUGAAAGAGCAGCCAAAGGCAAUCCAGGAGUCAGUAAAGCCAUCUCCAAGCAAGGACAGAAAAGAAACUCCAAUUUAAUUGGAUUUCUGAGCAUUUGGAUUCUUGCCUGUGCAAAGCCAGGACUGUGCAACUUACUGUAAAUCUAUGGCCUGUACAUUCUGUAAAUAUUUUCUCUUUUACAUUCUGGGGGUAUUUUGUCCCCAUCCUAUGUGUGGCUUCUGCCUAUCAGGCUCAGGUUACUUGGAAAGAGAAAGCAGAGAGAGAGAGAUGGCAGGAGGGGGCAGCUCUCUAGUUACUCAGCCUUGUCAGACAUUAGCUUUGGCUGAUCUUUGGGAAUUGAGGGGAUGAUGGUGCAUUUUAGAACGAUUACAUACUCACUCUGAAGCAGACUUUCAAAUUCUCUCAUGCAUUAUCUGUCCAAGGGCUACUUCAUACGAGAUAUUUCAUUGCACGGAUGUAGGAAAAAGUACAUACUCGGCUGGGCAUAUAGCAAUAUGUCUGGUAAUUCUUGACCACCAGAAAUUUCAGGUAGAGAAGGUUGCGUUUCCCCCUCCCCCAAAUCUCUCCAUUUGGUUAUCUUUCUGGCCACACAUGCAGAUGACCAUGUUUUUCUCUGACAAGCACCGAAACCAACAGGUUAACAGAGGAGGGGCGAACACUGCACAACCCCUCUGUAUGCCAUUUGCGGGUAGCCUAAUUUAAAAGGAAGUUUGGUAAGAAGCAUUUCCAUUCUGGUCUUGAAAAGGAACUUCCUAGAAAUGGCUUUUAUGACGGUAUUUACAAGGCUGAUACGUCGCUACUCAGUGCAGUUGUCUGUUAAGUGUUUAUAAAGAAGCCACACUUGACACAGCAAAAUAGAUGUUUGCAAGUAUGUUCCACAAUGGUCCAUGCCUUUCUGCGUGGGGGUAAAGUAAUUGUAUGAAAAGUGGCUGUUGGUUAAGAAUGGGGAGAUCCAAUCCAUAUCCCAUUCAUUUAUUUGCUUUGUAAUUUUUUUGCUCUCGUUCCUCAUAAUUGUUUUUAUUCACUCUUACUUGUGCCUUUCAGUAACAAAGGAGCUUUACAAAAUAGAUGUGCCCGAAACGAUGGAAUCUUCAAAACUUUCGUAUUAUGUAACAUGUUUUCAUCUGACUUUUUUAAAGCUUUAUGAAAGUACAUGUGAAAUUAAAAUGAAAAGAUAAGCACAUAUCCAUAAAUCCACUAUGAAUUCUUGAACCUUGUCAAUGCAGUUAUAUGUAGAACAGAUUCCUAGGGUUGCCAAUUAAUUAGAGAAUGGAAACGUUUUGUAGGUUUUAUAGCAAACCUCAUAAUGCUGACCUUUUUUAAUUUCUUUUGAUAAUUUAAAGAAAUUAGUGAAUGUUGUUGAUUAUCAAGGUCCCAUGAUUUAAGAAAAGGAGUUGGAGGUGAUUUUUUUGCACUCUUUCUUUGGUGGAUUGAGAGCACUUUGUGCAACAUAAGUGCAAGCCUCUCCAUCAGGAUCUUGGAACUGGGGUGAAUGAUAAGAAGGAAUCUCAACCAUUUUAGUGGGUUUGAAAGAAGUAUUACAUUCAGAAAGGGCUUCAUAAUUGUUCUAGAACUUGUACCAGUUUUUGGUACACAUUGGAAAGUGUGUUGCAAGUGCUUUGGUGGUCCUCUCAAGCACAAUGCAAUGGAGGGAAGAAGGUCCAUCCCCAAGCCCUUCCGGGCAUUUUCUUAAAGGCAAUAGGGGAGUGUAUUUGUGAUCUUUUGUGUGCUUAAAAGAGGGUGAUUCCAAUAAAUAAAAAAGCUGGUAAUAUAUACCCAUAAAUUUGUGGUGGAAAUGUUCAGCUGCCUUAUGCUUAAUUAGUUACCAUUGCCAGCAGUGAAUUCUUAUAAUAAAUUGUGGCUUUUCAGAGCCACAUCAUUUAAAAUCCCAAUUCAAUUUGAAGCGGUUGAUGUUAAUUGAACUCUAUAGGGUGCCUGUAGCUUAUUUAGUUUCUGUCUAUAAUAUUUAUUUUUUAUGUGGUGGGUGGGGUUGGGGUUUUUAUUUUUGUUUUUUGCCUAUUGCACUGUUGUGAAUCAUUGGCCAUGAUUUAAUGUUUGUACAAAUGACACUGAGAUGCGCAUUCUAAAGAACAACUUUUUUUUAAACUUAAAAGAAAAUGUAUGGAGAUUGGUUAAAUGACAGUUGUAGGUAAUUUUUUUUUUGGCCUGUUAAAUACAUUUUAUAUUUCUGACAGUAUUUAAACCUUUUUGUUUUGAAUUCAUACUAAUUUCUAUUAAAUUGUCAAACUUUUAUAAUCAAUAUUCAUCAAAUAUUUUGAUAUUGGCUAAUUUUUGUUUGUCAAGAACAUGUUAAUCAAGAAAAUAAAUUUAACAGCCACGUGCUAAUGGUUUUAUUGAAUUAAAAAUGUUAAGAUUCACACAUAAAUUCUCUGGUCCACAUUAAAACCCUGAUGUGGUAAUAACCAACUGAACCUAUGAAAAAUAUUUGUAUUAAAUAAAUGCAAUUCUACAGAAAAACCAAAAGGACAGCAGAUUGUGGUUCUUUCUGACUCACAUUUCUGGAUAGUACUGUAUGAUUCUUCAAUCUAAUCAAGAAUCGGAAUCACUAUGGCAGAAAAUGGCUAACUAAUGAGGGAAGGCAGUUGAAAAAAAUCCUCUUAGGAUGCAAAUUGUUGGCAAAUUAAAAGUUUUGAGUGCAAAGCAUUUCUGGAAUGUUCACAACCUGAUUUGAACUUAACUCAUUGUAAACUCAAACUGUUCUGAAUUCCAAAUGUUUUUAUCCACCCUAAUGAAGAGAAAGUAGCUCGGCAAUGAGACCUAAAUUUCUAUUCAUCCCCACUUCUUUUAGAUUAGUAGAUGCAAAGUUUACCUAUCUACGCUGCAAAGUCAAGUGCCUUGCUGCUCACUUCUGCGACCCUACACUGGUUUAUGUUGCCUGAAAGCAGAAUCUGUUUUCCCUAUUUCAUGUACUACUUUCAUCAUAGCAGAAUGAGCUGGAAGAGAACACAAUCUCGCUGUUUGUUUCAGUUUCUGAAGGUAGCCCCAUGUUUUCAUUAGGGACUUCUUAUAGCAUGGAAAAUAAUUAAUUCCCCCAUGUCAUUCAUUCUUCAGUGUAUUCAGUGUUCCAACUCUGUUUUAAGCAGGUAUUAAGUAAGCAAAUGUUUACUAUUUUUAAAGAAAGUCAUUUGCUUAUCCGAUUCUUAAGUAUCUUUUCCCAUUGACUGAAGAAAGGAAAUUGGUAUGUUUCAUAUAUAAUACUGCACAAGGAAAAUACCAACAUACAUACGUAUUCAAGUUCCAUUAAGAGAGCUAGAGUAAGAGUUCUCUUCAGUUGGUUGAAAAACAGAAAAUUGGAUGCAAAGAUUAAAUGUAUGUUAUAUGACAAUUUAAUACGGGUCUGAUUAGAAUGCCAUACAUCGUUGGAAAUUAAGCUUGCUUACCACUUCCACAUAUCCAUUCUUGCUGAUGGUCCUAAUUUGAGAAGCAGCUAUGAAACUUGGAAACAACUUUUUCUUACAUAUUUUUUGGGUUAAAAAAAUACAAAAUAUGGUCAUAAGGCCAGCUCCUAAGGAACUAUGUGAAACUUGUGUUCUGCUAACUGUUCAAAAAAAGGAGCCAUAGCAGGGAAAAAUAGCAAUUUCAAAACUAGAAGACAACAGUUAGAAUGCUUGGUUUGGAUGCAUUGAUUAAAAAAUGCCAGUCAAAAUUGUAAGUUACAUAAAAGGAAACCUGCUUCAGAAGAAUCAUGAUUUCUGCUGAGGAAUUAUUUUGUUAAAAUAUUUUAAGGAUUUGGAUGAAAUUACACUUUCAGGGCACUUUUGAAAUUAAACAAGGAUUCCUGAAGACUAGGUACUUAUGAGUCAAAUGUUAUGAUAAAUGCAAUAAAUAAAGAAUAUAAAUAGACUAUAUUCUCACAAUAUAGUGAAAAAAUGGGGUUUGUCAUGCCCCCCUCGGAGUCUGAAUCUAGGGGUGGGGUGGGGUGUUCCAGAUGAGCUGGAACAAGAACUGAUGGAUGGAGAGGCCUGCUCUGUUGGCCUUGGAGGAAAUUGGGGAAGGGCAGUCAGUCCAGGCAAGGCUUUUCUGAAUUAGUAAGGCCUGCAGUCAGGGAGCGCUCAGAAGAGCAAAGACUAACCCCCCUCCUGAUCCGAGAGCAAGGAAGGGAGACAGUGAGAUAGAUUGGGUGUCCCGCCCCCUUUCACAAGACACACCUGGGGACUGAGAUGUAAGGAGGUGCCGGUGGGAGGGGCAUUUGUUGGGAACAAGCGUUGAAUCUGUGGAGCCUUACGUGCACUUGUCAAAGCCUGGAGAUUGCUGUACUCUUAUCUUGUGGGGCUUGCCAGUUUGACUGCUUCGCUGAACUUCUUUGGUUACUGUUUAGCUAACCUGGUUUAUCAGAUUGCUGGCCCUGGUUGCUGUUCAAUUAACCUGGCUUACUGGACUACUUGCAGCCAGAGGCUUCUGAAGGUGCAUGUGAGAGCUUUGCUCCAGGACUUGUAGCGAAUGUGGGAACGUUUGGAGGCACAGUUGGAGCAAUAAAGGGCAGUUAGACCUG